CAGAGUAAACCUAUUUUAACCUAGAUAGAGUAUUUACAACUCUAUGAGGAGUAAACCAGCUCUAACAUCAGAGUUAAAAGUCAGUGUAAAGUUUGUUAGACACUCAGUGAAGACUUAACUCCACACAGUGUUGAUUAGUACCAGUCCGCAGGCGUGUGCGGUCUCAGAGCUCUGAUGCGCAUGGAAUUUUCUCCGGAGAGUUGCCGCAGUCAGAAAGGUUUAAGAGUAUGCAAAAACCAAAUCUCUGAGAGAUGCAACCAGAAGACGGAUGAGAAACAUACUUGAGGCUGAGAUGACAGAAACACAUGGCGUAAGAGUGAUGUAUGUGCAGGGGAUUGUUGCUCUGUCUCCAUAUCUGGAAGACCCAUAUUCACAACAUGGAUAUGAACAUUACUACGAUCCAGAGAGCGGUUCAGGAUACCUUGAAUGGUCUUCAACCGCCAUGCAAAGAAAAGCUGCGGAGGAAAGAAGCGUCUCAGUUUGCAAAUCUCCCAAAAUUGGUGGUCCAGGCCAUGGUCGAUCCAGACCACUCACCACUCAGACAGUGUUAUCAGAUGAGGAUGUAAGAGCAGCUAUUGCUCUUUUGAGACACUCUGCUGAUGAAGACAUCUGUGAAAAGAUGAAAGCUACCUUCAUUUAUCGGCAUUCAAUGGUCAACGAUGAAAAGAAUGCAGCAGAUGUCUUCAUAGGCCUGAUGCGGUUUCUGGACACACCAGGACUGAUAGAACAAGAUUUCCGACUCCUGUUUUGUGAGGUCACUGCCAGAAAAUCCUUGGAGAGGUGGCCCAUCAAUCUCAAAGCAAAGGUUGUAAAGGAAAGUCAUGGACUUGUCUCCACCUCAGAGCUCUUGGAGUUAAUGUGCAAUGCUGAGUCAGGCUGGGACAGUGACAUGUCUACUAUCUUGCUGCUGCUACAUCUGCUACCACCAUUUGCACAAUGGUGAAAGAGACAG